CGCACGCACUAAUCAACUUCCUGGAUGGGGCACAUUAUCGGCCUGAUUGCAGGCAGAUUCCAACGCCGCGGCGCGAUACCUAGCUCACCGGCGCGGCAUGGCGACAGAUCUAUCCGAUCUCUCGACAGUCGAUCGCGCGCACGAAAAGCACGUCGGAAGCUCUGCGGAUGUCAUUCGCGCCCGCAACUGAAGUGGUGCAAUGAUCCUGAACGUAAUAGAUCGGUUGUGACCUCCUUCGGGGCCUUACCACCUCGUCUUUCCCUCCUCCCCCCCCCCGCCAUCAUCGGGGCCAGCGUUCCACCGUGCGCUUGUGCAAUUUGCCCUGAUGGUUCCCGGUGGUUCACGUGAAAGGAUCGUCGUGUGUCGCGAUGCGCUACGGUUCGCACGUGCCUCGAUAAUCGUUCGCGAGAAGAAUUGUUCGUUUGCCGAAUUUGAUUUUCAAUAGAAAACACAAAGAGCGAAAACGGAAGCGAAACGGAGGAUCGUGAUAAUUCAGGAAGAUAAUCACGGAUUUUCAUAAGCAUUUUUUGCUGCAACAAUAAACUUAUGAAAGAACUAUCGUAAAGGAAUAAUACACAUUUCUUCUACAUUUGGUAAUCCAGACAAACUAGUGAAUAAAAUCAGGAUGAUUCGCAUGAUUGUGAAAAGGCAUAACGCAGUUAUAAAGGCCGCGGGAUGAAGACUCGCGAGGCCUAUUUCGACAUUCCUCGUGCUACGUUUCAUCUAAAAUCUUGAAGUGACGUGUUUUCAAAAGCCUAAAGGAUGUCUUUGGGGCAACGUAUUUCCAGCGCGGUUGCAGUUCUCCGGGGAGCCUCGACGGAAGCCAAGGAGAGCGGCAGUCAUACAUCAUGUAUAGAGGAAAUCGAGAAGAUGACAUCUGAGGAAGAAAUCGAGGCCGAAGCGCAGCACAAAGUGACGGCGCUUGAUAGGUUACAGAUGGUAAUAGAAUGGAUGGGAAGUAACUUGCUUCUGGCACUAACCAUCGCUGGAGUUUUGAUGGGUCUAGUUUUCGGAUUUCUGGGUCGAUUGGCAGAUUUUACACCGCAAUCUAUAACCCUCGUCAGCUUCCCGGGAGAGCUUCUUAUGCGGAUGUUAAAGAUGUUUAUCUUACCACUCAUCAUCUCAUCGUUAAUAUCUGGAAUGGCACAGCUGGAUGUUCAAAGGUCAGGAAGGAUAGGGUUCAGAGCAUUAACAUACUACUCAAUAACGACCAUUCUCGCCGCUAUAGUGGGUAUUGCGAUGGUGCUGAUGAUUCAUCCGGGUAAUCCGCAGAUUAAAACUUCGGCUGCGGCGGUAGUGAAAGCUGAGGAGACAAAAGUUUCUACUGUAGACGCAAUUCUCGAUAUAAUUCGAAACAUGGUGCCAGAAAACCUGGUGCAAGCGUGCUUCCAGCAAGUUCAGACCUCUUAUAUGAAGAAAAAGGUAGUCGUGAUUGGUAGCGCGAAUCAAAGCGAAUAUAUAGUGGAGCCAACCUUGGUUUACAAAGACGGCACGAAUGUGAUGGGUAUGAUCGUGUUUUGCAUCAUCUUCGGUGUACUCGCGGGACAGAUAGGACCACGCGGCAAAUUGAUGGUGGAUUUUUUCGUCGUGUUGAAUGAGAUCAUCAUGAAACUCGUCACGAUUGUCGUAGUUUGGUAUUCUCCGUUCGGAAUUAUGUGUCUGAUAGCUGGAAAAAUCAUGUCAAUCACAAAUCUGGCGGCAACCGCUCAAAUGUUGGGUCUGUAUAUGGUAACCGUUGUAUUAGGCUUGAUGAUUCACGCAAUCAUCACGCUGCCACUGAUCUACUGGUUUAUGACCCGAAAAAAUCCAGCAGUAUUCUUUAGAGGUAUGAUGCAAGCCUGGGUGACAGCGCUAGGAACCGCUUCGAGUGCUGCAACCUUGCCAUUGACUUUCCGUUGUCUCGAAGAAAAUAACAAGAUCGAUCCACGAGUGACGCGUUUUGUUGUGGCAGUUGGUGCCACGGUAAAUAUGGAUGGAACAGCUCUUUAUGAAGCCGUGGCCGCAAUCUUCAUAGCACAAUUGAAUGGAAUCUCAUUGGGAUUCGUCGAAGUCAUUACUGUCAGUCUUACGGCUACUUUAGCGAGCGUUGGAGCCGCAAGUAUUCCCAGCGCAGCUCUAGUCACCAUGCUGUUGGUGCUGACUGCUUUAGGUCUUCCUACAAACGAUAUUUCCCUGUUAUUCGCUAUCGACUGGAUGUUGGAUCGGAUCAGGACUUCGAUCAACGUUUUGGGCGAUGGUUACGGGGCUGGAAUAGUUUACCACUUAAGUAAAGCAGAACUAGACAAGAUGGACGAGGAAAGGAGACUAGAGGGUUUGGAAACUGGAAAGCCUCUCGAAAUUGCCGCUGAGAGCUGUCGAGAAGAGCCAGGAAUACAUGAACAAACUUCUGAGACGAAAAUCUGAGAUCUUUUUAUAGAUUUCAGCAAAGACAUGAUGCUGUUUCGCUAAUCUUCGUCUCUGCCAUGUAGAUUAACUUUUUAUUGUGGUUUAACCCUACUU